CUCUGCGCGGGCGCAAACCGACAGCCAUUUCCGGGCACUUUUCCGUAGCAUUUCGCAAAAGGAGAGAAUCCCGGAGUAACGAUGGCUACCUACAGCUUGGCGAACGAGCGAUUACGCGCCCUGGAAGACAUCGAACGGGAAAUUGGAGCCAUUCUUCAGAAUGCAGGUACAGUGAUCUUGGAACUUUCCAAGGAAAAAACCAAUGAGCGGCUCCUAGAUCGACAGGCAGCCGCUUUCACCGCGUCGGUGCAGCACGUGGAGGCGGAGCUGUCGGCUCAGAUCCGCUAUCUCACUCAGGUGGCCACAGGGCAGCCCCAUGAGGGCUCCAGCUACUCUUCGAGGAAGGACUGUCAGAUGGCCCUGAAGCGAGUGGACUAUGCUCGUCUCAAGCUCAGUGAGGUGGCUCGAACCUGUGAGCAGAUGCUGGAAAACUAGGCCAAGCAGGUGAAAAGCUUGGAAGGAGAGCUCCACCUGCACCCCAGGACAGAACCUGGAGAGCAUGGGCUGCCCCGUACAUGUGCUGCUGGUCAGAAGCCAUGAGGACGAAGGCACAAAAGAUGGGAAUGGAGAACCUUAAAGACCAAGCCCAUGCCUGGCUGUGCCCUGGCUCCUCUUGCCAUGCACUUCACCGAGCGCUGACAAACUCAGGACAGGAGACAGAGACUCAAGACACCCAAUCCACUUCCUCAGGUCCCUGCCCCAGGUAGACUUGGACCAAUGAAGACACAUUUUUGUUCACUGGAAAAGAUAAAAUGAGAACUAAGGGUUUCGAUAAUAAAAACAGUAACACUAAAAACAAGGAGCUCAGACUCUCA